CUGCUUCCCUCAGUAUCAUAUUUCACAUUUUCAGUUAAUGGAUGGAUUGUUUUACAUUCAUUCUAUUUUCAGUGCAGCAGUUCAUACAAAUGUUUCUGUCUUUCAGCAAUAGUGUCCCUGUGAAGUCACCUUUAUAACAGUGACGGGGAGUGUUGCUGAGGUGAAAGGGUGGGUAGGAGGCUGUACUGAUUGUUCUGACCUCUAAAGAUUGGCUUAGUACUUCAUUGCACUCCGUACUGGACACACGUUUUUUUUCCUGGUCUGUGCUCUUUAUUUUGAUUUCAUUCCAGGAGGAGGGAAGGUGCUUGUAAGCCAGGAGGAAAUACAGGUCAGAAGUACAUUGCCUGGAAUUAAUGCUAUUAGAACAAUCACUAGCUGAACAAGUUAUCGGUGAAGGACUUGGAUUUAUCAGUGAGAAGGGAGAGACGCAGCAAGACACUGUAACUGGAGCACACUGACAGAUGGCUGACUUCAUUGCUGGGGCCUUGGGAGGUGCUUGUGGGGUUAUGGUUGGCUACCCUCUCGACACUGUUAAGGUUCGAAUUCAAACGCAAAAGAACUACAAUGGAAUUUGGCACUGUGUUCACUCAACGUACAAAAUGGAAAGAGUGUCUGGGUUUUUCAAAGGAAUGUCAAUGCCCAUGUCCACAGUAUCUGUCAGCUCAUCUAUAGUGUUUGGUGUGUAUAGAAAUGUUCUCCGCAAUUUGUGCAAAUUAAAAUAUGGAACAACAACAGUGAAGCCAUCAAAGUUUGAUAUAUUCCUCUCUGGCUAUGCUGCUGGAGGAGCUCAGAUUUUAGUCUCCUCUCCUGCUGACAUGGCGAAGGUUCGUUUACAGACCCAAAUGUGUCCAUCUAAUUCUACCACAAGCUCUUUGCUGACUGGGCCCAAGUACACAGGCCCGAUUAACUGCUUGUUGACAAUUGUAAAAGAGGAGGGAUUUCUUGGGCUGUACAAAGGCUCCUCUGCUUUAAUGUUCAGAGACUGCAACUCCUUUGCAACGUAUUUCCUGUCUUAUGCCAUUUUGCGAGAAUGGCUUCUACCAUUUGAACAAAGUAACUCAGAAUUUAUAGGAGUUUUAUUUGCUGGUGGUUUUGCCGGAGUGGUGGCUUGGGGCAUCGCUACCCCCAUGGACGUCAUUAAGUCUCGCCUGCAGGCUGAUGGAGUUACACAGCAGAGAUACAGAGGGGUGCUUCACUGUAUCAGAGAAAGUGUGAGGCAGGAAGGGAUCACUGUUCUGUUUAAAGGACUCUCACUGAAUUGUCUGCGGGCCUUUCCUGUAAACAUGGUGGUAUUUCUUACUUAUGAAGCCAUAUUGAGACAAAUCAAACCAUUUUCCGAAUGAACUUAAUUAGCUUUUGUUUGUUUGUUUUAUAUAGCAUAAAUAUAUAUUCUGGUAUAUAUUUCAACUCUAAUCAGUAGAAUAGCAUACAUCCUAUUGUGAGCAUGUUAUCAUGCAUAGUUUGCGUUGAUAAGAGGGCUCAUAGAGGAUUAAGGGACCAAGAAAGCAGAAUUCUCUGUUACAGUAAUUGCCAAACAGAACUGUGCAUGGGCAGAGACAGUUGAGCUAGCACUUCUGUCUCACAGCACAAGGAUCUUGAGUUUAAUUCUGGCCAAUACCCUAACUAAAUAUUAGGGUUUCUAUAUUUUCUUUGUUCCUCCCAGAACCCAAAAAAUACUGGUAUAAAAAUAAUCUUAGUUUGUAUGUGGGGCCAGAUAUCUAUAUGUUAGGCUAUUUGUCAAUAUUAGUUAUUCAUGAUAUAUUGUAGGGUGAAGUGACCAGAGGAAUACUCAAACUAAUGCAACUCUGCCUGUCUCAUACAUGAGCCCAUCUGCUCCACAAACCCCAACUGGCCAAUGGUACAUUGAAAGUGAGGAGCAAUACAGGUAGGGGGAGACUUAGGGAAUUGAAGAGAGGGCAAGGUUUAUUAAAGGGAUACUGUCAUGGGAAAAAAUUUUUUUUCAAAAUGAAUCAGUUAAUAGCUCUGCUUCAGCAGA